UCAUCACGUGUAAUUGAUUUAACAAAUAUUUUCCUGGAAUUAUUAGAUGUGUAUAAUCUAUGUGCAAACUUCUUCUUGCAAAACAUUUAUACUAAACUAGCAGUAGCAGAAUUCUAAGUAAAAUGGGGGAAAAUUUAUUCCGCAUACAUAUAAAUUUUCGGUGUAAAAUGGCCCCAAAAUUGCAACAUAUUUUCCUCUUGUUACUUCAUAUCUUGCCAGGCACGUUGUGCCAAUCUGUAAUCACGGUUUAUACUGAGGAAGGAAAUGAAGGAAUUUCGAAAAAUUUGACUGUCUCAGGCUGCUUGGAAAGUCUGGAUGUAGAUAUUGACUCGAAUUUCAGUAGCGUCAAUACGAACGACAAUUGCUUCCAGCUUUACAAAAGGACACAUUGUACGGGGGAAUAUUUACUUGUGCGGCCAGGAUCAGAGGGUCAUGGCUCUUUGACGAAUUACGGUUUUUCCAAUAAUGUCCGGUCGGUUGGGUCGUGUUUUGAGGAUUGUCAUCCAGACAGGGUCGAAUACGAGGGGGACAUGAAGACCGGGAUGAUGAAUGUCAAAUUUUAUGGUAGAUCGGCCAAAACUCCAGUUGCAAAUAUUAACCUUCGCCCUAACAUUUGUUUCAACGCGGGGCCAUUUCUUGCCGAAUGGCCGACAGAUGACCCUUUCCGAGUACAAAUCUACUCCUCGGCUUGUCUCACACUUCACCAAUUUUCCAAUUGUACAGGACUAUCAACCUACUUAACUGGCGGGAAACACUCGGACCCUCAAAAAUUGAUAUUUUGGGCGGAUCGAUUUAAAUCUCAAGGGCUUUCUUUUUGCGACCGAAGUUGCAAUUUAACCAUAAAAGAUGUCCUACCGCCGAAAGAAUUUGAAGAGAGCGAACAAAUUAGUUUGUUCAAGUACAAGAACUUUGGCGGGGAUCGACUUACCAGUUUAAAUUUAAACCCGGGUAAAUUAUGCACCCCAUUUCCGCCCGGGUGGAGUAACCCUGGCUCAAUUAUUGUGGAUCGUGGAGGGUGCAUCCGUUUAUAUGAUGAUAGCACUUGCACCAAGUUUAUGGGCGAGGUUAUAGGAUCGGAGAAAUUUUUGGGUGGGUUGGGUUUUAAUAAGGGUUUUGGAGGGAUUAAAUCUUGCGAAAAUAUUAGGAAAAGUGAAAAUGAUUGUGCAUUCUGGAUAAUUUUUCUUUUGAUUAUAAUUUCCAUUCUUAUUAUUGUUGGGGGCGUGGUAAUUUGGAAAAUGUCGGGAAAUAAUUUUCUUUACACUUGGAGGAAAAUAUACAGAACGAAUUGGAUUAAUAUGAUGAGUCACAGGAGGAAUGGGACAGUUCGAGGGGCAGAAAAUGGGAAUCCAUGAGGUGGACGAAUACAUAUGUAUUAAUUUUGAUAAUGUACAUAGCCAAUUGUUGAAAAUAUUCAAAAUCAAGUAUUUAAUUGGUUUAUGAGAGUGUUCUACUAAAAUUUUGGAAUCCUAAAAAAAAUAAAUUUUGCAAAGUGUGACAAUA